GGAUCCCCCACCUCGAUGGUCCCCCCACCUCACCGGUGCCUCCAAUGGGCACCCCCCAUAUCCCCGGGAGCCCCCACCAGGUCUCUGCCCGUUCCCGGCCGUGGUGACACCGAGGUGACACCGGGGUGGCCUCGAUGUCCCCGCUCCGCGCCCCCCGAGCCGCAGCAGCACCGGCCGCGGCUCCACCUUAACCGGAGCGGCUCCGCGGGGCGUUUAUCUCGCCCGGGAUCAGCCAAUAUUUGUGGCCACGUCAGGAGAACGAGCCCAUCCUCGCCCCGCGCUCCCGCUCAGUCCAGCUCUGCCACCCCGCUCCUCUCCCUGGCUGCUUCAGCUCAUUCUCGGGCGCUGCUGGGACUCCCACGCUGUCACCUCUCGCCACGGGAGAUGAUGCUCCCCGUGGUUCUCCCGCUCCUGAUCCUCCUGCGGAUGGCGGCAGCCAAGGGCGGGUGGUGCCCGGCCUGCGGGGUGGCCGCGCUGGCCCCCGGAGCGCAGCGGGACGCGCUGCUGGCUCUGGCCAAGCAGAGCAUCCUGGCCAAGCUCCGCUUGCCAGGCAGACCCAGCGCCCCCCAGCCCCCGGCCCGCGGGGCUCUGCUGGCCGCGCUCCGCAGGAUGCGAGCGCAGCGCUCGGACACCCCGGGGAUGCUCCGGGAGCCGGCCCGGCCCGGGACGGGGCUGCAGCGAUACGAGAUCCUGAGCUUCGCUGAGCCAGGAUCCUCCACUUCCCACAGCGCCCGCCUGCAUUUCCGCUUCUCCCAGGAGGUGGCCGGCAGCACCGAGAUCCUGCAGGCCACCCUCUACCUGUUCUGGGCAGCCCCUGGGGCACAGCCUGUCACCGUCAGGCUCCUGCAGCCAGACCCGGCAGAGCCAAACUCGACGGUGGCCAGCGAGACACGGCUGGAGGUGCAGAGAUCCGGCUGGACCACGCUGGACAUCGGAGCCGCCGUCCGGAGCCUCUUCGGACAAGAGACCCCACGGCUCACGGUGGAACUGGAGGUGCCGGAGGACUGGGGGUCCCCCCUCCCAUCCGACCACGGUGACUCCCACUGGCCGUUCGUGGUGGCCCAAGCCCAAGCCAGGACACCGCACCGCGUCCAUCGCCGCGGCGUCGAUUGCGGCGCGGACUCGCGGAUGUGCUGCCGCCAGGAAUUCUUUGUGGAUUUCAAGGAGAUCGGCUGGGAGGACUGGAUCAUCCAGCCCGAGGGGUACCACAUGAAUUUCUGCGCGGGGCUGUGCCCGCUGCACAUGGCCGGCGUUCCCGGCUUGGCCGCCUCCUUCCACACCGCCGUCCUCAACCGCAUCAAGGCGGCGAGCGCGGCGGCGGCCGUGGAUUCCUGCUGCGUCCCCACCCAGCGCCGCCCCCUCUCCCUGCUCUACUACGAUCGCGACAGCAACAUCGUCAAGACCGACAUCCCCGACAUGAUCGUGGACUCUUGCGGCUGCACCUGAGCGGGGCAGGAGCGGGUGGGAGGACAGGAGAGGUGGGACAGGGCUCCCUCUGCCUGGGAGGCAGCAGCUCUGCCGAGGGAGUUUCUCCUCCUGUGGGUGAAGCAUCAAGGGUGAUGCUGAAUGUGCAAGUCCCCUCCUCUCUCACUUCCCACACGGCUCUUUCCCCCUUGGGAUGUGCCCAUGGGUUCCUCUCACAGCCCCUCAGUCUGCUGCUGAUGGACUCCAGAGCCUUUUCCUGCUGGAUGCUGCAGAGCUGGGAUCAGGAUGGUCCCGCUGCCAUCCCAGCCCAAGGUCCUGGUGUGCCCUGGGUGCAGCUGCAUCAGCACAGGACCCACCAGUGCCACCCUGGGCUGCUGGGGCUGGUGGGGACAGGGCAGAGGUCAUCCCCCUGUCCCACUGGGACAAACAGCUGAGCAGGGAGAGGAAAGGGAAAUCCAUCCUAGCAGGAGGAAUGUGUCUCCCUCUCCCAGCAUCCCAGCGAGCUGGUGUUCAAUAAAGACUCCCAGCCGUGC